AUGUUUCCGUUUUACUCAUGCGACCAGGGUAAAGGUGCACACGAGGUGCAAAGUCCACCAGGUGAUACCAUAAGCUCGAUCCGUUUCUCCCCUGCAGGAUGUCCGCUGUUGCUUGUAGGCGCAACAUCAUGGGACAAAAGUUGUCGUGUAUGGCAGGUUGAUAAUUCGUCCAGAAGCGCAGCCAUUAGUUCCAAACCGUUAAGCCUUGCAGAAAGUGGCGCCCCAAUUUUGGAUAUGUCGUUUUCGGAAGAUGGCAGGGUGUUCUUUGGUGGGUGUGACAAGAGCGCAACGAUGUGGAAUCUAACGACUGGUCAAAAAACCGUUGUCGCAUCCCACGACCUUCCGAUUAGUUGCCUGUCCUACGUGUUGUCACCAACCGGAGGUGACAUGUUAAUAACAGGAAGUUGGGAUGGUAAGUUACGAUACUGGGACAUGAAGCAGCCGCGACCUGUUAAGGAGGAUUUACUUGGUGAGCCGAUAUUUGCACUUGAUGCGCAAAGAUCGUUUCCUAUGGCCGCAUGCGUCACCGGACGCAAAGUGCACGUUUUUAACAUGCAGUUUAUGUCGAAGGUGAUGGAACUGGACCCCCCCAAAAUGAUGAAGUUCAGUUUACGAUGUGUUGCUUGUUCACCUCAGCAUGAUGGGGUUGCCGUUGGGAGCUCGGAGGGGAGGGUAUCGUUCAUUCCUUUGAGACAAGAAAGUGGCUGCACAUUUAAAGCUCAUGUCGUUGAAGAGAACAAUGUUUUCUAUAUGCACCAAACGAAUUUCUGCUCGAUAGAUUCGAAGACCGGACGAAUGAUAACUGGUGGUGGGGAUGGUCGCAUUGCCGUCUGGGAUUAUAAAAAGAGGUGCAACGUAUGCUAUGAAAAUGAUCCGAAGUUGCCAAACAGGAAUAACUCGAUUUCUGCCGGAGACAUUAGUGCCGACUGCUCUUUGCUUGCGUACGCACGUAGCUAUGAUUGGGCAAUGGGAAAGACGCGCGCGAUUACGAACGAGCCUCAUACAAUACACAUAAGAUCUGCUAAUCCUACACAGCUGAAAGCAAGAUAG